AUGCGAUACCCCGCUAUGGAAAAGCUGGCACUAGCAGUCGUGAUGUCGGCUCGCAAACUGCGCCCUUAUUUCCAGUCGCACACGAUCGUAGUGAUGACGUCCCAACCCAUUCGGACCAUCCUUCACAGUCCUAGCCAGUCCGGCAGGUUAGCCAAAUGGGCCAUAGAACUCAGCGAAUACGAUAUCGAAUACCGGCCACGCACCUGCGCCAAGGCGCAAGUCCUCUCCGAUUUCGUCAUCGAACUCGCCACGACCAACGAAAAUACCGGGAACGCCUCCGAGAGAUGGUCGCUAUACGCGGACGGAGCAUCGUCCAGACAGGGGUGCGGAAUCGGAAUCCGACUCAUAUUCCCGACCAACGAAAUAAUGGAACAGUCCUUCCGACUUGGGUUCGUAGCCUCGAACAACGAGGCUGAGUACGAGGCCCUAAUAGCCGGACUCCGGCUGGCAUUAGGUGUGGGUGUCAAAGAGCUCGCUGCAUUCAGCGACUCGCAGCUCGUAACCGGUCAGUUCCAUGGGAGCUACGACACGAAUUGUGAGCGGAUGGGCGCUUAUCUCCAAGUCGUUCGAUCAAUGGCCGAGCAGUUCUCAACGUUCGAACUCACCAAAAUUUCCCGGGGAGAGAAUUCAGCCGCCGACGCCCUCGCCGCGCUGGCUUCCACCUCCGACCCUUCGGUCAAACGAAUCAUACCCGUCGAGGGAAUAGAUCAACCAAGUAUCUCUAUCCCAGUUAAGGCUCAGAGCAUUAACCAGGUCCAGGCCGGAUCCGGUCCCCACUCGGGAGAACCUGAACAAGUACCUGAUCGGGACGACGAGCUCUUGGACGAUCUUAUCUCCGAAGACGAGCAAGAAGCGGAACCCGAAAUGGACUGGCGAGUCCCAAUUCGUGAUUAUAUCACAAGUGGGACCGCACCAAAGGAUCGAUGGCAAGCGCGUAAGCUCAAAGCUCAGAGCGCGCGGUUCUGUAUCAUCGGCGAGGAGUUAUACAAGCGGUGUAUCUCCGGACCAUACCUCAGGUGCGUGCACGGGGACGAAACCCUUAGCAUCAUGAGGGACGCCCACGAGGGUCCCUGCGGAAACCACUCCGGAGGACGAUCACUGGCCCUCAGAAUCAAACGGCAAGGAUACUUUUGGCCAACCAUGCUCGCGGACUGCGACGAGCAUGCUAGAAAGUGUGAUCCCUGCCAACAACACGCACCUCUGAUCAAUCAGCCCGUUGAGCUAAUGAGCUCGGUCUCCGCUCCUUACCCCUUCAUGCGGUGGUCGAUGGAUGCCAUCGGACCCCUCGAACAGUCGGGAAAACGACGCGUUACUAACCUACUGGUUGUGACCUAUUACUUUACUAAAUGGAUCGAGGCCGAAUCCUACCAGUCCAUCACGGGUGAACACGUAAAGGAUUUUCUCUGGAAAAACGUGGUGUGUCGACACGAAAUUUCCUACGAGAUCGUAACUGAUAACGGGACGAACUUGGUGUCCGCUGUGGUUCAAAAGUUUUGCGACACAUGGGGUAUACGACUAACCCCGUCUACCCCCCGGUACCCCCAAGGAAACGGGCAGGCCGAAGCAGCCAACAAAUUGAUCCUGCACAGCCUCAAGCGCCGUCUGAGCGCCGCGAAGUCAGGCUGGGACGCUCAGCUCCCCGGAGUAUUGUGGGCCACCCGAACUACGCCGCGUGGCAGCACGGGCGAGACCGCGUUCUCCUUAGCCUACGGAAUUGAGGCCGUAAUACCGGCAGAAGUUACCAUAGGCAGUAUUCGCCGAGCUGUUUCCCCCGAGAAUGAGGAGGAAAAUAGCGAAGCGCUGCGCGAUCACCUCGACGUCAUCGACGAGAAGAGAGAACAAGCCUACGUGCGAGUUCAAAAUUACCAGAAUGCCAUCGCUCGCUUCUAUAACUCGAAGAUCCGACCUCGGCGUUUCGCCGUCGGGGACCGAGUACUCCGUCGAAUGUUCGAUCACAGAAAAGAAAAGAACGCCGGCAAAAUGGGAACCAAAUGGGAAGGACCUUUCCGUAUCACCGAGGUCGUUCGCAAUGGCGUAUAUCGCCUCGUAGACGAGAGCAACGGUAAAGCCGAGCUCCGGCCUUGGAACGUCAUGAACCUCAAAAAAUACUUCUAA